AGGGGGAUUCCUCUGAAAAUUUUGCACAAGCCUGACAACGUAUCCGAAAUGCUGGAAAGUGCCAUCCCAAAGCACCUUCGCCGGGAGCGAAAAUGUCCUGUCAGUACACCGGCAAAUUAUGUCCCGCCUUUUCCUGCAUAUUGCGCACGGUUCCCGACCAAGAUGGAUAACCUCGUUAUGGCAAUCAUGGGCGCGCAGCAUGCCUGUACAAUAGGCGCCGACAGUGCAGGCAUUUCGACCAUCAAGGAAUUUGUCCGCGAUGCGCCAGAGUCGCUGCGGCCCUCAUUCUGGGAAGUCACCUCUGUGGUAGACAAAAAGGGUGCCUAUAAUGUCGCUGUAGUGGCAUACUGGCCCAGCACGAAUCUGCAUAGGGAUUGGCAAGAAAAGUCGGGUUUCAACGUGUGGUGGCAGAGUUCCGAUAGGGAGAAGGAUGGGUAUGGGUGGUUUCAGGAAGUCUUGUCUCCAACCGUUGACCGUUUUGAGACGGUUUUCUCGAAUUCCGAACAUCCAGAAGGCGCGGCCAACAUGCAGGAAAAGAUCUCAGGCGAAAUGGAGGAGCAUGGGUACUGGGGCAGUAUGCGUGACCGUCUUGCAGCCGCCCAAGACGAUGAACUCAAAGGCACCAAGUGGGUCGAUAGCGGCAAUGCCGGCAAUGCCUCCCACGCAAACGGAGGCUCAUCAAAGCGUACCCGUAUAGCAGGCAAACGGAACCUCUGCGUAAUUCGAUCCGGCCAGGAUUGGUCCGACACGCUUCCCGAAGAGCACAAAUUAUAUCUCGAAACGAUACAUCCAGUACUCGUCAAGGGCAUGAACUUUCUGCGCGAUGAAGGUCGCCAAACGGGAUGUUAUGCGAUGAAUCUGUGGGAUGUCGUGGAUUCCAAGUCACACGAAGUCAAUCAGGAUCGAACAUUUGGCCUUGGCUACUUUGACGACCUGGCCUCGCUCGAAGAUUGGAGUAAAAGCCAUCAGACGCAUGUCAACAUCUUUGGCGGCUUCUUGAUGUAUGCUAAGAAGCUGAACAAUGUGCUGUCGUUGCGCUUGUUCCACGAGAUUUACGUGCUUGAGCAGGACCAGCAGUUCUUCGAGUACAUUGGUUGCCAUGAAGAGAGUGGAAUGAUCAAUUCGUUGCGGGCAGGAAAGCUAGGAAACCGAGGGAAUUGAAUAAGACCUCACAUGUUGUGAUGUUCCGAAUUCCUCACGUGGCACAGCUAGAACGGUUAUGACGACAGCUUGGGAUGAACGUGCACCAGACUCCUCGAGGAACCUACGGAUUUUAGUGUUAGCGAUGCAUUAGUUAUGCGAUGGCAUUAACGAUUGUCUAUACCG